GGUAGUGUGCGCGAUUUGAAGCCGGAUCAGAGCCAUUCCCCUCAACAGUCCCCACUUCUCACAUUCCAACUCCAUUGAAUCCCGCAUGGCUCCACUGUCCGGUCCUGCCAACCAAGAAGAUGCUGUAAGGAGGCAAAACAAGAGAGCCCCUUUCAAAUUUCUGGUUCCUCUCAUAUACGCCCCAGUUCUUCCUCUAAUUCGUCUUUCGCUCCGGCAUAGACCCGUUGUAAGAGAUCGUUUGUUUACUGCUGUGCUGGCAGGGGCGUUUGCUCAUGGCUUCUAUCUGGUAACUGAUCUCUACGACAUUGAGAGCAAGUGAUUAUGUGGAUCGGCAUUAUCCGCAUAACUUCAAUAUUGCUAUAUUGCUGCUAAUCAUCCAGGUAGCUCCUUAAACAGCAUAGGUCAAAUUUGGUUUUGUAUUGUUUUUCAAAUUGUUAUGGAAAGUGUUGUGCUUUGUAUUUCUUUGAGAAUUGCAUCUUUUCCGCGGCAUAAAUUUUCAUUGGUUUGGGGAGAUGUGAUCCUGUCAAACUGAAGUUUGAGGGAGGAGCCUUAAAUGUAAUUUUUAAAGGUUAUCAUAAAUCUACCUAUAUGUCAUGGAAAAUCUCAGAAAUUGUAAACAAGCUCAUUUUGAACUUCAUGCAAAUCGGAGGUUUUGCAAUUUAGUUAUUCAUUUCAAACUCAACGAACGAAUAUUUUGUUUAUAGUUUACCAUAUUAUGGUUUUUUUCCCCA